GCGGUUUAGCAAAAAAAAACGUCCACUGUCACUGACAUGACGUGUCUACAAUCCUGGCCUAGCGAAGUGUCGCGAAAUGAAUGCUGAUCCGCCAGGAACUUUUCAUUCGAAAUUUCAGAGGUGCAGCAAGUAAAUAGUUAGCUCAUCCGAACUCCUCAAAGUUGUGGGCGCUUGUAGAUGUUGAUUCGGAGACUGACCAACUUACUUGAGAAAAAGGGCUGUGUGACUGCGCAUCCUCCUUUAUGUUUUAGUCUGACUAUUCGACGCGCGAAGACUGCUGAUGCGUAUCGAUCUUGGAUGAACAGGUCUGAGAGCUUGUCCACCCACUUAUUUCGACAAACACCGCGUACCGGUGCAUGAGUGCAAGCUGCUGUUCGUGGCGACGAAACGGGCGGGAUCGGAGGCUGCUUGUUGAUUUGCUAUCAAUAUUGUGUAUCAGCUGGGCCGCAAAGCAAUACCUGGCGCUGAGCGAUGUGACGCUUGCCACCCGCACUUGUUCAAGUCGUCGGCCAUCGGCAUCGCCGAAACCGCUAGCGCUACUGCUCGUUUGCAUGACUAUUUGAAUCGAGGAUAACCGAUAUCAACAUGGUUGUCUGUGACCGAAGAUUGCUGAUUGGCAUGAAGCUCCUUACCCGACAUUUCACCAUGCAAGGCUGGGCAACAGCUGUGCUUCUACUGGUUGCCAUGGCAAAGAUGGCUGCUGCUAAUGACACAGGCGGCGGCUUCAUACCAACUCCACCACCCACAACUCUACCACCCACAACUCUACCACCCACAACAACAGCCCCAGCAACGACAUCCGACACCCUUGGUGAAGCUAUGGAUAACAGCGACACUUGCAUCACGGCACAGCAUUUCUUAGCGGUUGCCAACGCCAACUGGACCUCUAAUAAUACCUUUCAAAACGGAGUGACCGACUCCUUCUCUAAAGGCGUAUAUAUCCUGUACUGGUGUGUCAAAGGGUAUCAUAGAGUUGACGGUGAUCUGGUUAGAACCUGCUUGGGAGGAGGUGGUGGUCUGAACAAUGAGAGUGUUGUUCGAAACUCAUCAUUACUAUGGUCUGGAAGUGAACCCGUCUGUGAAGAUAUUGAUGAAUGUGUGAAUGGCACCCAUGACUGUCAUGACAACGCUACCUGCACUAAUACCCCAGGACACUGGGUGUGUACAUGUGACAGUGGUACCAACGGCCCUGGGCAGGUCUGCUACCCCGACUGUCCCCGCGCUCUGACUGUGGCACAUGCAAGCACUAGCGUUGGUCCACUCCAAUCAGUGGAGCUCAACGCCACCCUGACUAAUGUGUCCAUCACAUGUGACAUGGGCUAUGAGCUUAACCAGACCGUCGCUGCCACUACUCAAUGCAGUGCUGCAGGUGACUGGACACCGGUUCCCGUGUGCAGUCGAGUUAACUGUGGUGUGCCGCGGGAUGAGAGCGGUGCACACGUGACUUCACUGGCCAACGGGCAGAUCAACGGCACGGCGCACGUCUUUGAGAGCGUAGUGCGCUACUCUUGCAACCCGGGCUAUGUUCUUCAGGGCGAUACGUCGCUGACGUGUUUGUCCAGUUCCGCCUGGUCUUCGGUGACACCGAUGUGCAUGGCAGACUGUGGUGCUUACACGUACACACCAUUGCACGGUGGUCUAGUGCUGCUCAACGAUAGUUCAACGUUACAGGACUCUCUAAUAGAGCUACGCUGUGACACUGGCUACACUCUAUCCGGUGAGUCUGAAGCACGGUGUGGCAACAACACACAGUGGCAACCGGACCUGAACAGCUCCCUCUGUCAGAUUGUCGACUGCAAUGAGCCCACUGUACCGCAGUUUGCAGAGCUGCAGAUGCCGACUGCAGCAACUACCUACAAUACUACACGGCGCAUCCGCUGCAUGGAUGGUUACACUCUGGUUGGUAUGGGUGAAACCACAUGCUCGGCGCUGGGCGCAUGGAUGCCCGACCUAAACAACUCGUCUCGUUGUGAUCCCGUCGAUUGUAAAGCACCAGUUAACCCUGCUAAUGGUCUGACAUCCCUGGACAGCGGCACACAGACAACUUUGUUUUCCACGGCCACGAUCACCUGUUACACAGGGUAUACACUAAACGGUGCCAAUCUAACACAAUGUGAAACAUCAGCCAUGUGGUCACCCCAACCCAACGCUACAAAGUGCGAGCCUGCCAUCUGCGGAGCACUUCCAUCGCUUAGCAACGGAACGAUUGCGGGAACCCAAUAUACUUUUGGUGAGACACUCGUAUUCACCUGUGACAGUGGGUUUCAGCUCUUGGGGAAGAAUUCGACCGUGUGCCAGGCAGAUGGUGCAUGGUCUUCGUCUGUUUCCACGUGUGAAGCAGUCGAUUGCCAAGACCCGGGCACUCCUCUCAAUGGCACAAGGCUGGGCGAUAUAUUCACCUUUCCUUCAGCCGUGGAGUAUUCCUGUGAUUUUGGCUUGAUUGUGUCUGGUAGUGGACGAGCUACUUGCCUCCCUGAUGCUACAUGGUCGUCUCCUGUCCCUGUGUGCGAGCUGGUAGAUUGUGGAAACCCGACCAGUCCUGCUAACGGACUAUCAUCCCUGUCGGUGGCUAGUGAAACGACUCUGUUUGCUGAAGCCACGAUUGCCUGCACUAGUGGCUAUGUGCUGAGGAGUGGUGCUAAUAUUACACAGUGUGCACACGCAGGGCUGUGGCUUCCAGACCCUAAUGCUACACGAUGUGAGCCUAUCGACUGUGGAGCGCUCCCAGCCCUGAGCAAUGGAUCAAUAUCCGGAACUUCAUUCACUUUCCAGAAGGCACUGACAUUCGCCUGCGACAGUGGCUUUUACCUUAUCGGGGAAAAUACGGCAAUCUGUGAGGCGGAUGGAACAUGGUCGUCCUCUCAGCCGACAUGUGAACCGGUCGAUUGCAAAGACCCAGGUACACCUCUGAAUGGGUCCAGGACGGGUGACGUGUUCACGUACCCUGCCACAUUAGUGUACUCCUGUGAUACUGGUCAUAACAUAUCCGGCAAUGGAACGCUGUCUUGCCUUUCCUCUGCAUUGUGGUCAUCUGCUGCACCAACGUGUGAUCCAGUUGACUGCAAAGACCCAGGAACACCGAUGAAUGGCUCAAGAAUGGGGAAUGUGUUCAUGUAUCCUUCAGCAGUGGACUAUUCCUGUAACAGUGGCUUCAAUCUGUCUGGUACCGCAAGAGUUUCUUGCCUUCACACUGCCGCGUGGUCAUCUCCUCUCCCAACUUGUGAACCGGUCAAUUGCAAAGAUCCAGGGACACCUCUGAAUGGGUCCAGGGCGGGUGACUUGUUCACGUACCCUGCCAUAGUAGUGUUCUCCUGUGAUACUGGUCAUAACAUAUCCGGCAAUGGAACACUGUCUUGCCUUUCCUCUGCAUUGUGGUCGUCUCCUGCACCAACGUGUGAUCCAGUUGACUGCAAAGACCCAGGAACACCGAUGAAUGGCUCAAGAAUGGGGAAUGUGUUAACGUAUCCUUCAGCAGUGGACUAUUCCUGUAACAGUGGCUUCAAUCUGUCUGGUAGCGCAAGAGUGUCUUGCCUUCACACUGCUGCGUGGUCGUCUCCUCUCCCAACAUGUGAACCGGUCGAUUGCAAAGAUCCAGGUACACCUCUGAACGGGUCCAGGACAGGUGACGUGUUCACAUACCCUGCCACAGUGGUGUACUCCUGUGAUAUCGGUCAUAAUAUAUCCGGCAAUGCAACGCUGUCUUGCUUAUCAUCUGCCUCAUGGUCGUCCUCUAUUCCUACAUGCAAACCAGUGGAUUGCCGAGAUCCAGGUACUCCCGUGAACGGAACAAGAACCGGCAAUGUAUUUACAUACCAAUCAGCGUUGGACUACACCUGUGACUCGGGCUAUGACCUGUCUGGUGAUGCUAGACUGGCUUGCUUGUCCUCUGCCCAAUGGUCAUCUUCUGUACCGACAUGUCAGAUUGUCAGCUGUGGUUCGAUCCCUGCCCCUGCAGGCUCCAAGUUCCGAUUUGGCGUGCAUGGCAUGACCUACUUGAGCAAUGUCAGCAUUGCAUGUGUUGAUGGCUAUGUAUUGUCAGGCCAGCGUCAUGCUACCUGCCCGGCUAGUGGCCAUUGGGAUGUGGAUUUCAACAGCACUCGCUGCAAUCCGGUCAGCUGCGGUGUGCCUCCACUGUUGAGCAAUGGCUUGUAUGCUGGUCCAAUAAGCUACACCUUUGGGGAUCAGCUUACGGCUGUGUGUGAUCGUGGUCAUACGGUGGCAGGCUUGACAAACAUAUCGUGUUUGUCGAACAAGACCUGGUCCAAUGCCUCUUGGUCUGGUGUGCAGCCAGCAUGCCAGCCAGUCAACUGCGGGACAUUACCAGCGGAGCCUGCGUUUGGUACUCGCACUGGCAACACGUCCACGUACACAUCUCCAGCCCUGAAAUUCUCAUGUAGUCCUGGUUAUAUCCUUUAUGGGAAUAACACAAUAGUGUGCCUGGCAAGCGGAAAUUGGUCAUCGCCCGCGCCACACUGCCGUGUGCGAGACUGCGGCCCGCUGGUGCUCAACACGACCGGAGUGCUGGUGUUGAGUGGUGGAGCCACAACGUACGGUGAAACACUGGAGUUUAGAUGUGCUACCGGCUACUACAUAUCCGCUGGUGAUAGCGAGAGGCAAUGCUCAGCAGAUGGGAUGUGGAACGGCAUUGCUCUGGAAUGUUCCCCUAUUGUCUGUACGUCAACGGAAGUGAAGAACGCAGAUGUGAAGGUGUUUGAUAUGGGACAGGUCUUGGAGGUGCAGUGCAACACGGGCUAUUUGCCAAGAGAGAAACAGUCUCACAGCUGUGUCAGCGACGGUGAUCCACGCAGUGACUCUGCACACUGGCAUCCAGCAGUCACCGACUGCAGUAUCGUUGAAUGUAGCAAGUUAGAAAUCCCGCCAAACGUCGUCAUAACCAAUAAUGACACUGGUAUUGUGUUCAACAGCAGGUACUCAUUUGAGUGUGCCAGUGGCUAUCAAUUUGAUGGAGAACCAGAGCUCAUUAUCCGCUGCCUGGCCUCGGGAAACUGGAGUGGUCCUGCUCUGCAAUGUCAGGGUAUGUACAUGUAACUGUCCUUGUUGUUU